UUGGUUACCUUAUCUUAACUUUCUGGGUUUCUUUCAUAGAUAUUGGAGUCAACAGAUCAGAAGAGAGAAAGCUUUCAAAUUACAACACGUUAGAGAAGAUGACAGAAGAAUCAAUUUCAAAUGGUUUUGUCCCAAAUUCUAUACCUGGAUCAAAUCCUCCUGUUGCAAAGAAGAAAAGAAACCUACCAGGAACACCAGAUCCUGAAGCUGAAGUUAUAGCCUUGUCCCCAAAGACUCUGAUGGCAACAAACAGAUUCUUGUGUGAAAUAUGCGGUAAGGGUUUCCAAAGAGAUCAAAACCUUCAACUUCAUCGCCGAGGCCAUAACCUUCCGUGGAAGCUGAAGCAAAGGACUACAAAAGAAGCUAGAAAACGAGUCUAUGUGUGCCCUGAAAAGACCUGCGUGCAUCACCAUCCUUCAAGGGCUCUCGGGGACCUAACCGGCAUAAAGAAACACUUUUGUCGGAAGCAUGGAGAGAAGAAGUGGAAGUGUGAGAAGUGCUCAAAGCGAUAUGCUGUGCAGUCAGAUUGGAAAGCACACUCAAAAACCUGCGGCACCAGGGAAUACAAAUGCGACUGUGGUACUGUAUUUUCAAGAAGAGAUAGCUUCAUCACGCAUAGGGCCUUCUGUGAUGCCUUGGCCGAGGAAGCCGCCAGAGUAAAUGCAGCUUCCAGCAUGCACAGCUUGGCCCCCAGCAGUAUCAGUUACCAUCUUUUGGGGAAUCCACUAGGGCCGGGCAUGGCACAACAUUUUUCCUCUAUUUUCAAACCAAUUUCAAGCAAUGAUGAAACAGUAGAUCAAACUAGACGUGGACUUUCCUUAUGGAUGGGCCAAGCAUCUCAAAGCCAUGAUUCAAUUGCCAAAAGUCUCCAAGAGAUUCAUCAAUUUGGUUCUGUGAAUUCGGGAUCAAUAUACAGUGAUCCUCUAGUUUCAACUUCGAAUCCUCUUGCAUGUGAUUAUCAAUUAAAUUGGGUUUUUGGAAAUAAGGUCUCAUCCGGUAAUGCUGAAGAGCUAACAAGCACUUCUCUUCCUUUGAACAAUGUCAAGGAAAAUGGACCUCAGCUUGUGAGUGUUCCUUCAUUAUUUAGCACCCAAAACCACUCUCAUCAAACACCAUCUGCAAAUAUGUCUGCCACUGCUUUAUUGCAGAAAGCCGCCCAAAUUGGUGCAACUUCUACUGACACAUCAUUCCUAGGAAGCUUCGGAACGAAUUGUAGCAACAGCCAAAUUCAAGAUGGGAACAAGUAUAGUGGUCUGUAUGGUUCAAACACACCACCAACUACUCUUGGAAGUGAUUUAGAAAAUUCAGCAAAUGAUAUUUCCACUUUGAAUCAAUUGCAAAUGUACUCUGCAAAACGCCGGCACACGCAGAAUGAAGAUAGUACUGGCGGACAAACAAGAGAUUUUUUGGGUGUCGGAGUACAGGCCAUCUGUCGCCCGUCUUCAAUCAAUGGAUGGAUAUGAUACGGCAUGGGAAAUUUCAAGAGUUUGCAUCUUUUUUUUUUUUUUUGAUGGAAAGCUUGGCUGAUAAUAAAAGUGGAGCUGUAUGUGGAGUCAGAGAGAAGGAAAGGGAGAGACACAAUUUAGUAUUUGGAGACUCUGCAGGGAAGAAA